AUGACAGUAUCGAUUUUGGAUGAAAACUAUUUGGCGAUCGCCAUCAUUAUUACAGUAGGUUAUCAAUUAAUAUUCUUUAUUAUCACUUACAUUGUAAAAUUUGACAAAAUAACAGAUUUUGGGGGCAGUACGAAUUUUAUUCUCAUAGCAUUAACAACAUUUUUUCUACAUCAGACAUAUUAUACAAGACAAAUAAUCGUUACAUGUCUAGUGUGUAUUUGGGCAAUACGCCUGGGAUUAUUUCUUCUGAUACGCAUAUUGAAAUGGGGAGAAGAUAAUCGAUUUGACAAUAUUCGAACAAAUUUUUUCAAAUUAUUAGGUUUUUAUGCAUUUCAAAUAUUGUGGGUUUGGGUCGUUUCGUUGCCCGUCACAUUUAUUAAUUCAUCAAAUAAAAACCCAAACAUCGACGGUUUUGAUAUAGCUGGUAUAUGUUUGUGGGCUAUUGGUGUAUGUAUCGAGGCCAUCGCUGAUGUGCAGAAGUUAGUGUAUAAACAAGACCCAACCAAUCACAAUCAUUGGUGUGAUAAGGGACUAUGGAAAUAUAGCAGACAUCCCAAUUACUUUGGAGAGAUGAUGGUGUGGUGGGGAGUGUUUUUACUAGCUGUACCAAUAUUGUUUGAGGCUAAAUGGGUAGCAAUAUUAAGUCCGCUAUUUUUAAUGUUUCUAUUAUUAUUUUUAAGUGGUAUUCCACCAUUGGAAAAAUCAAUGGAACAACGUUUCGGACAACGAGAAGAUUUCCGACUGUAUAAAACACAAACGAGUCCAUUAAUUGUAAUGCCAAGGAUUGUUUAUAAAAAUAUUCCGCAUAUUAUUAAAGUCAUUUUCCUAUUUGAAUUUCCGUUUUAUAAUAAAUCAUCAGAUAAUUCAACACCAUUGACAGAAUCUAAUAACAAUGAACAUCAGAAAGAAGAAAUAAAUAACUACGGAUCAGCAUAA